AUGUGGCGUAUGGUGUUUGCGAGCAUGCGUGUUUUGCGUAAACGUAUGAGAGCCUCUGCUCCACAGCUCGACGUUGACGGGAACGGGACGGUGAGCGCUGCCGCGAUGGACGCGGAAGCCAGCGACAACGGCAGCCACUACACCUCCGCCGCCUCCGAGUACUUCAACCGGGCCAUCUUGGAGCUGCACGAGAGCGCCGGCCUGCACGACUUGGGCAUUGUGAAAUGGGACAUGGCGCUUUGUCUGCUGGCCGUCUACCUCAUCUGCUACUUCAGCCUCUGGAAGGGCAUCUCUACGUCAGGCAAAGUCGUGUGGUUCACGGCGCUGUUCCCCUACGUGGUGCUGCUGAUCCUGCUGGUGCGCGGGGUGACUCUGCCUGGCUCCGCAGACGGCAUCCGCUACUACCUCAGCCCCAACUUCUCCGCCAUCUCGCGGCCUGAGGUAAGGAAUUCCCAAGACUUAGGAAAUAUCUGCGCAAGGUAUGAGAAGCGCAAAAUGACUCGAAAUGUUCCUGACUUGUUGCGCUCCGGCCGCAGGGACGCGCUGCUGACCAGCGUCAUCAACUCGGCGACGAGCUUCGUGGCGGGCUUCGUCAUCUUCUCGGUGCUGGGCUACAUGGCGCACGCGUCGGGCAAGCCCAUCCAGGAGGUGGCGACGGAGGGCCCGGGCCUCGUAUUCAUCGUGUACCCGGCCGCCAUCGCCACCAUGCCCGGCUCCAUCUUCUGGGCGCUCAUCUUCUUCAUGAUGCUGCUCACGCUCGGCCUCGACAGCUCGUUUGGAGGUUCAGAAGCUAUUAUUACAGCCCUGAGUGACGAAUUUCCAAUCGUCGGAAAAAACAGAGAAAUAUUUGUCGCUUGUCUUUUCAGUCUGUAUUUUCUCGUUGGACUUGCAUCAUGUACCCAAGGUGGAUUCUACUUUUUCCAUUUGUUGGAUCGCUAUGCAGCCGGAUACUCCAUGCUAUUUGCGGUUUUGUUUGAGUCAAUUGCAGUAUCCUGGAUAUACGGUACACAAAGAUUUUGUGAUGAUAUCAAGGAUAUGAUUGGUUUUUCGCCUGGUGUCUAUUGGAGAGUGUGCUGGAGAUUUGUGGCUCCUGCAUUCCUUAUGUUUAUCAUUGUCUAUGGACUUAUUGGUUACGAACCUCUAACAUACGAUGAAUAUGUCUACCCAGCUUGGGCAAAUUUAAUUGGGUGGCUGAUAGCAGGAUCCAGUAUUAUUAUGAUACCUGGAAUGGCUGCUUAUAAGUUGUUAACAACUCCUGGAACCUUCAUGCAACGCCUCAAAUAUUUAACUACGCCGUGGCGAGAUCAUCAAAUAGCUGCUAUUAAUGGAGUCCAAACUGAUUCCACUCAAAUACGUCUAGCUUCAAGUCCUCAGGCAGAUGAUGUAUGAUUUCUCUAUUUGCCAAAAGGUGCUCAAUUAAUGAUACUGCAAAAUAAUUUCAAGUAUGGAAUAAAAUCAAGUAUGGAAUACAACGUAUAUUAUUUAUAAAGUUUAUUUUAAUAUUAUAAAAAUAAUUUUUAAAUUAUUUGUUGUUAUAAAUGUAAUGAAGAUAAAUAAUUUUAAUACCGCACCGUUUCUAAGCUUUCAAUUACCCACAGAAUGUUUCAAAUUUAAUAUGCGAGGUAUGUACGAACUUUUCCAUAAAUUAGUUUGUAGAAAAGAUGCGAAAAAAUUAUUUCUUCCGUAUUCAAGUAAUAUUUUCAUGAAAUAAUUGCCAAAGUUAUGACAUAUUGAACAGCACCAUUAUAGGAUUUCCGGUAUCGGUUAUAUGGCUCGCUAAAUAGAGAUCGGUUAUGAAUAGCUCUAGUCGCGACAGUUUACUUUGAAACAAUCUGUAAUGGUGCAGUAACUAGUAGUAUACGCUAUAGCCACACCUAGAAAGUACAUGCCAUAAUUACAAGUUUCUCAGAGCACAAGGAGGUUGAAAAGAGGUGCUAAAGAAUGCAAUAACGUAAUAAAAGAGUAUAAUCCAUAUCGCAAUAACUUACUGCACCUUUACAAGCACACAGUUCCUCAAAUUAAGACCACAAAUGAACUAAUUUCGAAAUUUUUGUUAUUUUACUCGUGUAUUUGUAUACUUCAAGCGCGCGCGUGGGCACACUUGGCAACCUUUCUGUUCCUCAGCAGUUUGCAUAGAGACAAUCAUGAGAAAGCAUACGUUUAGGUUGGCUCAAAAAAGUUAAAGGAGAACUUUCGCGUCGUUGCCCGCCCGAGAUGCAAAAAAACUUAUUUUACAUUAUUUUUUAACAAAUAACCGUGAAAAUGCACUCUAUACAACGUAUUAUAUGCGCACAUUGUCUUGAACCCUUCAAUACCUACAUCAAUUUUUUUAUUAACAUUAAUUGAAUUACGAAUAAAUGUUAGUGAUGAGUGUUGUUGAUAAAACCUAAUUUCCAGUAAUGUUCGCUUCUAUAUUACAGAAACUAUUUUGCAAAUAUAAACGAGCUACAGAUUUGUCAUAAAAUUCCUGCCGCCGAAAUAACAAACCCACUUCUCCUCUUGUAUCUAGCGAAGUGAGGGCUCUAGAAAACGUGCGUCGAUACCAUACAAUGCAGUCCUCAAAUUCGUUUCUUAUAAUCGCUGUGAAUUUAACGUUCGGGUCCGCAAGACCCGCAAUACGGGCGGGCCCUGGUAAAAAAGAGCCUAUUUUUAGGGAAUAUUUUUAUUAUUUAAGGUACUAACACUACUUGUGUUUCCUAUACACUUUUAUAAAGGCUU